AUGGAGGAUUUGAUAGAAAGCGCAACGAUGAAUGGAAAGGAAAAAAUAACUGAAUUACUCAACCGGCGACACAAAGAGCGUGAAAUGCACAUUCAAGCAGCAAAGUUGGAGAGGCUGAAGGAAGCUGACUCAACAGAAGCAUUACAAUACUUUGAGAUAUCCUUUGAAGAAAAAGCAAAAAUAAUCCGGAACACACUUGAAACCGUAUCCAGCAGUAAUGAAAAAGCACAAGUAUUUGCUGAUUGUCAAAACGAAAUCUAUGAACUGCAAAGAUAUCUCUCUAGUUCUACUUUUUUUCUAAACGAGUAUCGCAUCAAAGUUUGCCAGAAUACGAUAAAUGAGUUAAGUAAACUGUUGGAUACAUUGCGAAACGAACUGUUGCCCAAGAAAAAGUUCGGUUUUAAGAGCAAAAAAAUUGUCAAAAUAAUCAACGAAAAAGACGCCAAAAGCAGUACCGCGACGCAAGACAAACAAGAGACGAAUUCCUCGGAGGAUAAUCACAUCCGGUGGACCUUUACGGAUAGAGUCAAUCAGCUCCUUGAGCUACCUUUAACUGCAGUGAACGACCAAACAAUAACGGCCUCAAAGUUAAGGAAUUGUCUCUUACGUAUCGAAGGUCAUCCGGGAUCGUUGCAGUUUGCAAAGCUAGACAAUUGUGUCGUGGUAUGCGGUCCUACGGCGCGAUCAAUAUUCCUCGAUGAUUGUACAAGAUGCAAAUUCGUUGUCGCAUGUCAGCAGUUACGCUGCCACCGUUCUCGAGAAUGUGAUAUGUAUCUGACCGUCACAUCGAGGGCGAUCAUAGAGGAUUGCAACGGAAUACGAGUGGCACGGUAUAACUAUCGUUAUCAGAACAUCGAGGAGGACUUCAAUCUGUCGGGAUUGGACUUGACGUGCAACAACUGGAACACAUUGGAUGAUUUCAAUUGGCUUUCUGCAGACGAGCCCUCGCCGAACUGGUCGCUGCUCACUACGGAAGAAACUAUUGAAGAUUGGAAGGCUUAUUUAGACAGUUUUCAUCAAGUUCACGAACUAACUAAAAAUGAUUAUUAAAUAAAAACGCCUUAAUCGUGUU